AUGGCUUUGGGAAGGAAAACUGCUAUAGAAUCUCAGAUCAGCCUUUCAAGAUCAUCUCCAGCAGGGAAGGAACCAGAUGGUUUAGUGACGUUCGUCUGCAAUGGAACACUUUCUGAACACUUGCAUGAUAAAUUAAAGGCGUCAACUCUUUCUUUGGAUAUUCGUCUGAAAGUUGCUGCAGAAACUGCUGGAGUACUUUCCUACUUGCUCUCAGCAGCUUACCCUCCUAUUAUCCAUAGAGAUAUUAAGUUGGUUCCUGCUGAUCAAACAGAGCUAGCUACAUUGGUUCAAGGAACUCUAGGAUAUCUAGAUCCUGAAUACUUGCAAACAAGUCAGCUCACUGAAAAAAGUGAUGUAUACAGUUUCGGAGUAGUGCUUGUAGAGCUCCUAACCGGUAGAAAGGCUCUAUGUUUUGAAAGACCAGAAGAAGAGAGAAGUCUAGCUCAAUAUUUCAUAUCUUCAGUGGAAAAGGGUCAUUUGUUCGAUAUUCUUGACGACAAUAUAGUCUGUGAUGAGGGAAAUGCAGGGCAAUUGAAAAAUGUUGCCGUGCUUGCACAAAGGUGCUUAAAUGUUUAA